CUUCGUUCACUCGAACCGGAUCAUGAAGGUAUGGGUGAUGGGUUAAUGCCACAUGAAGAUGACCGCCCGUUUGUUAUGCUCAGUCUGGCUCUGUCUCGCACCGAAACGUCUGCGGUAGUGGAUGCGGUGGCACGACGUUCGGCCACCCCACCGCGCGAGUCUGUUCGUUUCAAUGUGCCUGUGUGCCAACCGAAUACCGAUCCCAUCACAAUAUCCAAUCCAACUCCUGUUCAGUCCGUGUUGGGAUCAGAGACCGCGGGUUAUCAUGUCCAUUCGGACGACACUAGUGAUAUGGAUGAACCGGAAGCUUUGAUGGACGACAUAUUUGCGAAAUCAGAAGCUGCACCCGUUGAGAAUAUGGUGAUUAAACCGGGGACCACUACAGCCUUGCCGGAGGUUUCACUUGCACAACCUCAAGCUUCACAGAUUUCCAAUCUGCCAAGAGCCUCCACACCCAGCUGUGAGGCACUCCAUCGGUUUUGCUACACGAUCGAAUUAAGAACCUUGAAAAACUUUACAUCUUUGGAUCACGAGCCACUAGUGUACGCCAGAUACGUGUAUCCGGUGUUUGGAAGUGCUGCGCCUGUCAUGACCCUACCACCCGUGCGCAUCGGACGAUAUCAAGAGGUCAAUUUAUCCAAAGGAUUCUGUGUAUUCGAAUUUGCUGCUUUUCCAUCCGAGCUUCGUGAACGGUUAAUGGCCGCACCAUUAGUUGUUGAGUUGUUCGAUCGCAGUCACGGGUCGAAAGGGAUGGAUGAAAUCCUUGGUCGAGCCACCAUUCAACUCGCCGCAAUAUUCAACUGUGGUCUACACGAAGCCGCUGACGGGAAGUUCACAGUUCAACGGUUCUCGGGUGUUAGUGACUUUGUAUCGGCCAAAUCAUGCUCAGAACUGAUGCGUCAUAGCCCUGGAGCACCGGGUAUGCAAUCGAUUGGGCAACUUACUUACGGACUAAUAUUGGAAGAUCAUGGCUUGCAUCCAACCGACCAGUUGACACAAACAUCAACUCCCCCAACUCCUGGAAUUGAAGACCAGCAUCCUCGAGCCAAUUCAUCAUCACCGAGUGAGACCAGAACAACUCGUCGACUGACGGAUGUUCGUGCCACGGCCGAAUAUCGGACCGCGCUGGAAUUGGAGUUGUGGCGUGCGGCUGAAGAAGCGAAAUUUACGGCACGCUUAAAGGAACGUGAACAACGCCUGAUGACCACAUUAGCUGAAGAAUGGCAUAAACGAGACAGUCAACGGGAGUUGAUCUGUCGGAAGAAAGUUUCUGAAUAUCAGCAACUUGAAGAGAAACUACGAACAACUCUAACCGAACUGAGCGAACGGGAACAUCAGAUUGCCGCCAAAGAAACUGAGCUGAUCCAACUUCGUCAACAAACAGUGCACGAAGCGGAACUGCGCAAAAAGGAAAUAGAGCAGUUGACACGAAUACAACUACGGGAUAUGGACAGCAAGCUGAAGUUGGAGGUGAAACAGACUGAGUACUGGAAGAUGCAGACAGACGAGUGGAAGGCUAAAUACGCAGCCCUUGAGCACGAAUUGACCAAUAUACGCAGCCAGUUAACUCAAGCGGAGAUUCGCAAGGCUCUGGAUGGACGUCCAGCGACUGCACAAGAGACCUAUGUCACUGCGAACACAGCCCAUAGCCCGCAAAUGGAGUUGGCCAAAGCCUUGGCUGACUUGGCUUCCGUUCGAGGAACACUUGUGGAUACUGAGCGUCGUCUGGACGAAGCUCAGCGCGGUCGACAACGUUACCGUCAGUUAUGGACACGUACAUUGCACGAGGUGGCUCGCCUUAAGCAAGAAGCUGAAGUGGUUGCUCGGCAAAGUUUGGCUCGCAGGGAGGCGGAACUAGAGCAAUUACGUUUGCGCUAUAUGACCAUGGGGGAAAAAGAGUGCGUUGCCCGGCCUUCAGGUGGAGUGUCCCAAAGUGGACCAACGGGGGUGGACGAUCCUCUGCGAUUGAUCCGAGAACAACUGGAACACUUUGCCGAACGAACCGGGUCACCAAAUGUUCCAGAAAUACCUCCACAACCAAAAAUGAUCAGUCCAGCUAAUGACCCGGAACUGAUACGACUGAUUGAGGAACGUGACAAUCUAUUAAACACCGGUGUAUAUGAGCCGGACGAUCCAAUCAUUGCUAACCUGGAGAGACAGAUUCGCUUAUUGCUAGGUCAAACAUGA